ACGUAAGCACACCCGGAAGCGCCAGAGUCACGCUGCUGCUGCAGACUGUGCUGAGUUUAUUGUUUGUAUCUAAACUUUGAGACUUUUUAUCCCAUUAGAGGAACUUUUACCGUCUGUUGAUCAUCAGCAGAGUGAAGGAUGGAGACGCUGAAGGACGAAGAGCCUCCAGGACAGAAAGCUGAGAGGAAGAGGAGGCACGAGGACGAAGAGCAGGAGGAGGAGGGGCCCAAUAAGAAACAGGUGAGUGACCACAGCGUGAAGGUGGCGAGCCACUACAACAGCCUACAGGAAGUGGGUCUGGCUGCCAGAAGUCGAAGCAGAAUCUUCUUCAUGAGGAACUUCAACAACUGGCUGAAGAGCGUUCUGAUCGGUGAGAUCCUGGAGCAGGUGCGGGGGGCGGGGCCUGCUGGCCAGGUGUGUGUGUUGGACCUGGGCUGUGGGAAAGGAGGAGACCUGCUGAAGUGGAGGAGAGGAGGGAUCAAUCACCUGGUCUGUGCAGAUAUCGCCGGCGUGUCGGUGGAACAGUGUCGGAGUCGAUAUGAAGACAUGAAGAAGAAAAGUUUCAUGAACGAGAAGAUCUUCAGCGCUCAGUUCAUCCAUGCAGACUGUACCAAGGAGGUUCUGUCAGAGAAGCUGGAGGACCCGGAGCUGGAGUUUGACAUCUGCAGCUGUCAGUUUGUUUACCAUUACUCGUUUGAGAGCGAGCAGAAGGCCGACAUGAUGCUGAGGAACGCCUGCGAGCGCUUAAAACCCGGAGGGUUCUUCAUCGGAACCACGCCAGACGCCUUCGAACUCGUGAAACGUGUGGAGGCGUCUGACUCCCUGGCGUUCGGUAACGAGGUCUUUAAGGUCUCCUUCCAGUCCAAAGGUUCCUAUCCUCUGUUCGGAUGUCAGUACCACUUCAGCCUGGAGGACGUGGUCGACGUUCCAGAGUCCCUCGUCUACUUUCCUCUUUUUGAACACAUGGCCAAGCGCUACAACAUGCGUCUGGUGUCCAAGCAGAGGUUCUCCGAGUUCUUCGAAGAGAAAGUUCAGAAGGAGAACCAUCGCAGCCUCAUGAUGAAGAUGAUGGCUCUGGAGCCGUUUCCCUGUGAGGACGGAGGUCGACAGGCAGUAGACAGCGGUGGAGAGUACUGCCAUGCUAAAGAGCACUGUGGCAGAGCCGGAGUUAAACUACCACUGGGCACUCUCAGCAGAUCUGAAUGGGAAGCAGCCAGUAUCUACCUGGUGUUUGUCUUUCAGAAGAUGUCUUGAUGCUGAAAACAAACUGCUGCUCACCUCUUCUGCAUCUUGUGUUUGUACUGUUUUACUUUUUUCUUCAUGUCAUUUUUUGAUAAACUAUGAAUUGCGGAUUUGUUGUGGAAAAGAAUUAAAUGAAAUGUCAACUUGU